AUGGGGCGCACCAAGCGACAUGAACAUACGCAGACCCCCAGGGCGGCACCCCCAUCUUCUCAGUCGGACCCAAUGGACGACUUCCUCCAAAGCCCGCUUGGGCAUAACCACGAGGUGCACGGCUCCAAGAUGGCGCCUGUGUCUCCUGCUGCUUCCAAUAGCUCGGAACACGAGCAGCCCACGAGCAGAAAUCAGAAGGUUGGCGGUGAAGAUGGUCACUAA